AAUGCCAUCUACCGAAGCGCCCACUCCAUCACCGUCAACUACUUCCCCUUUGACUUGCAGAACUUCACCAUGGUCUUCCAUUCCCAGACCGACAACACUAACGAGAUAGAACUAGUUCUCACAGAGGAGGACAACCAGCCUGUGGAGUGGGUGGUGAUCGACCCCGAGGCUUUUACAGAGAAUGAGGAGUGGAUCAUUAAGCACAGGCCUGCUAAGAAGCUUAUCAACCAGCUCUUCACUAAAGAUGAGUUAGAGUACCAGGAAGUGGUGUUCUUCCUGAUCCUCCAUCAACUGACUGACUCUCUCUGUGGUUGUGGGGGUCAGAAGUGCAUCGUGUCCAUCAUGAUCCUCCUGGCCCAGACUGUCUUCCUCAUCCUCAUAGCCAAGAAGGUUCCAGAAACCUCCCAUGCUGUUCCUCUUAUCGGAAAGUACCUGCUGUUUGUAAUGUCUGUGACCACCAUCGUAGCAAUGAACUGAGUCAUCAUGUUGAAAGUGUCUCUAUGGACCCCCAAUACCAACCUGGUCUCAGAGCAUUUUGUCCUGCUGAACAUCCUGCCUCGGCUGCUGAGGAUGCAGAUGCGACCGUGGAUGCCGUAUGAGGACUGUGACGUCAGUGAUGGAACCAGUAAUGGUCACGGUCACAGUACCAACGGAGGGCGUAACAUAUUUCUAGUCCUCUGCCGGCGCCGCAGCUCCCUGGGACUCAUCACUAAAGCGGAGGAAUACACCAUGAAUACAGCCCGGUCGGAACUCGUGUUUUCCAGGCUCAGAGAGCGGGACGGCCUGAUGAAAUAUGCACUGGAGAAGAUCCAUAUUGGUCUGGAGGGGGGUACAUCCCAGGAAUUGGGGGCCAGCCUGGCCUAGGCUUCACCGGAGGUGCGCCAGUGUUUAGCAUCCUGCAAACAAAUUGCAGAGAGUACCCAGCAACAAAAUUACUUAGAGAGUGAGAACAAGGAGUGGUUCCUGGUUGGCCGGGUGAUUGACAGAGUGUGCUUCAUCACCAUGGCGCUGUCGUUCCUCAUGGGUACCAUUGGAAUCUUCCUGACGGGGCAUUUCAACCAGCCGCCAUCCGUGUCUUUCCCUAGUGAUACCAGUAAGUGCCUUCCUCCGUUAGGGAAUAACAUCACCAAUCCCUCUGGGAAUGACACUGGAGCAAAUCUACUGGGGUGA